UUCAACACUAUUAUAAGAAAACAAGAAACCAACUUCAAAAGUGGAUAAAAGGAUAAAUAGAUCCAAUAGCAAAAGCUCACAUAACCACUUCCUACCAAGGCUCGUGCACACUACAAUUGUCACCUUACAAUGCUGAAAAUAGCAGCUGAAGGAAUAGCUCCACGACUGGCCGCUUGUUGCUUGAUCACGCACAGCGCCCAGAGCAGCUGUCAACGCUUGGCGCCCCAGGCAGCCAAAGCGACGCAAAAGUACCUGACACAAUCACAAGCCCGCUACAAGAAGUUGGUCAUCAAGGAUCACUACGAGUUCGAUCAGAAGGUCAUUAACAGCGACAAUCCGGUGAUUGUGAACUUUCAUGCCGAGUGGUGUGAUCCCUGUAAAAUACUCACGCCCAAAAUGCUCGAGCUGCUGGAGAACUCCAACGAAAUCGAUUUGGCUGUCAUCGAUGUGGAGACGAAUUUGGAUUUAGUUGAAACAUUUGAAGUAAAAGCCGUGCCCGCUGUGCUCGCCUUUCGCAAUGGCGUUGUUGUAGACAAGUUCAUUGGCCUGGUGGACGCCAACAGCAUAGAGACGCUCAUUGAUAAACUGAAGCGCAAGCAACAACAAAAGCAGUAGCUGCAUAUCAAACUGCAAAAAUACAGCUAGAGAUAUUAUUGUUCUUCGUCAGGGGCCUUAAGAAUUUAAAUGGUGCCAAGCACUCAAUAUCGGGGCAGGGCAGAGGUGCUAAAUACUGAUUUGAAUUAUUUAUAUGAUUAAGCAAUGCUCAAUAAAAAACAAAUUGUACAAGAAACUGCCGGACAGCA